CACAUAAAUACAAAUUCCACACCUAAUAUCCUCUCAUAAACUCAGAAACUGAAAUCUGCUCUCAGAAGAAAAGAAAGCUCAGCAGCAAAAUUCAUGGCCAUGGACUGGUACUCAUGGCUCUCAAAAUCUUCCAUGCUGGACCAGAGUCUGGUCUGCGAGUAUUCUCUCAUCCUCUCCCAGAACGAGCUGGAAGAGGAGGAUAUCAUCCACUUCGACCACCAGCUUCUCCUCAGCAUGGGCAUCUCUGUCGCCAAGCAUCGCCUCCAGAUCCUCAAGCUUGCUAAAGAACACCGCCGCCACCGACGCCGCAGGCGGCAGCCUCCCCGACCCCUCGUCGCUCUCCUCACCGCCGUCCACAAAACCCGCGACUGCUUGGCAAGGUAUGUUCACAAUUUAGUCCACCAUGAAAGCAAGGCUGUCGUGGUCGUGCCAAGGCUCGUCGGCGGCGAGCGGCGGCAGACGGUGAAGAAACGAAGAUUGCUGAUCACUGAUGCAGUCUGCAGUGGAGUUAAGGCGCUUCAGCUUGGCAAGAGUAGUCCGGCUUCACAGAACCCACUGGUGCUGCUUGCUUCAAAAGAAGAAAAAUGGGCUGGAUACAAAAACAAAGAGCAGAUGAGGUGGGAUGCCAUGUUUCAGGAUCUGAAGCCGACAUGAAGGGAUGAACUUUAUCCUCUUCUAAGAUUUCGGAAGAUUCAGAGCAGCUACAGAAUUGAGAUUUGUGUAAAAGGAGGGAGCUUUACCUGAAAUUUGAAUGAAAUUUUAUUGUAGAGAUAGACUAGUUUAUUUAUGAGUAAAAAUUUUGCAGUUAUUAACAGAGAUGUCUUAAACAUAGGGAGCUAUACCAACAACUAUAGUAGUGAUGUUACUUGCUAUGUUCUAUUUUUGAUGUCUCUACUUUAGC